AUGUUCACGGGAUGCAAUCGUGAACUUUGCAACGAACAUCCGGCGGAUCCGCAGGACGAAUUGGAAGAUGAGGAGGAGACAACAGAUUCAUCUUCCAAUGAGGCUCUCACACCCGUUUCUGAACUCCACAGAAAGCAGAUAUCCGCACUGAAAGCCCGCCUUACCCAACUAGAGAAGGAAAUGCUUGACUUGGAAGCCCAGGGGGUUGAAAAGGAGCGCGCACUUCGACAGUUGGAAGAGACGGUUGGACAAAACCAGGAAACUUACAUGACACACUUGUCGACAAGUGAGCCGGAUCUCUCAGCGAAGGGGACGAAGUCGGCCUCUUUUUCCACUAAGCGAAAGAAUAAUCCUCGUUGGUGGUGGGUACGGCCGCGGCGACUCCCCCACAAACGAAGCCACGCCCCGCAUGCCACGAAAGUGGGCGUGGAAAUGGCCGAGUGUCCGGAAAGAGUCCACGUCUUCACAGAACUGCUGUCCAUUAUUUCCGAGCGGAACAAGCUAGUAACCCAGGAGGCCAUAAUCAUGGCGGAACUCAAGAAAAUAGAGUUGGAGGCCUAUGAGGAAACCCUUCAGUUGGCCUACGACUCUGUCCAGCGUCCAAGUGCCGAGGCACACCAGCAAGGAAAGUCGAAAAAGAUGCCCUUCAGGUUGCCUAGAGCCACUCGAUCCAGGAAGCCUCGCGUGUGCUCCGCAACUCGAGAGCCGACUGAGGAAUGCAGAGAGGAACAGUUGCGUGACGAAAUAUGGAGGGUUUCGAAGGAGAGGGUGGCUCUGACAGUGGUUCAGGGUGAGACCAUAGAACGUUCGAACAUUCAGGAGUUGAGCGUCAGACAGGCUUUAAAUCGCGACAAGGAUGCCCUGCAUCGCGCCCUAUCCACCCAUCACCGCAUUAACCCUGACGACCAUGACCACUAG